UUGAUCAUUCCCACGGUUAAAUUGGUCUACCACGGUCCCGAACAAAUCAAUAUUAUAAAUUUAAAAACAUGCUCUAGUCUCCUCUGCAACUACUCUCUCUUAGCAAUCGAUCGGUCUAGCAAUGGAAGUAGUAGCUUCUUCCUCUUCUUCUAAACCAUUCCGCACUCCCACCAAAGUGAAGACCAAGUAUGAUGUUUUCAUCAGCUUUAGAGGUGAGGAUACUCGCUAUGGUUUCACAGGCCAUCUUUAUGAUGCUCUGCGCAACAAAAAAGUUGAGGCAUACUUAGACGAGGUCACUCUCAGGAGAGGAGACCAAAUCUCACCUGCGCUUCUUCAAGCAAUUCGGCAAUCCAAGAUCUCGGUGAUCGUUUUCUCGGAAAAUUAUGCUGACUCCCCAUGGUGUUUGGACGAGCUCGUGAGAAUUAUGGAAUGCAAGGAGAUUCAUGGGCAGAAAGUGGUUCCCGUUUUUUACCAUGUUGAUCCUUCGUGUGUGAGGAAUCAAAAGGGGACUUACGAAGCUGCCUUUGUUGAGCUUGAACAGCGAUUUAAAGAUAAGAUGGAGAAGGUGCAGGCAUGGAGGACUGCUUUGACUAAAGCUGCCAAUUUGUCUGGCUGGAAUACUCAUCAGAUCAGGUCUGAAUCCAUAUUGAUCAAAACAUUAGUUGAAGACAUUAUCAAUAAAUUGAAGUCUAUGUUUUCUUCAAGUGGUUUUUUGGAAGAGCUAGCUGGAAUAAAUAGACGCACGGAGCAAGUUGAAUCCAUGUUGUGCCUUGACUCAUCUAGUGAUCGGGUCGUAGUGGUUGGCCUUUGGGGAAUGGGGGGUAUAGGCAAGACAACCCUUGCUCGAGCUGUGUUUCAGAAGAUUUCUCAUCAUUUUGAAGGUUGUUGCUUUCUUUCAAAUGUUAGAGAAGAAUGGGACAAUGGACGAAAAAAAUAUGAGUUACAAAAUAAGCUUUUCUCAGAAUUAUUGGAUGAAGAAAGUAAAAUUACAAAAAUGCUAUCCAUUUUUGACAGAAAUAGACUCCUUUCCAAGAAGGUUCUCAUAGUUCUUGAUGAUGCCAAUGAUCCAGAGCAAUUAGAAUUUUUUACUGGAGAUGGUGAAUGGUUUGGGCUGGGUAGUCGAAUCAUCAUAACAACAAGAGAUGUUCAAUUGCUGAAGAAUCGAGCUGAUGAAAUAUACAAAGUUGAGGGAUUCAGUUUUAAUGAAGCUUUCCAACAUUUUCAAAAGAAUGCUUUAAGAAGAAACAUUCCAAUAGCUGAGUUUACAGAACUAUCAAUCAGGGCAGUAAAGUAUGCAGAUGGCAUUCCACUAGCUCUUCAAGUACUGAUGGGUACCCUAUUUAGUAAUAAAAGCAAAGAGAAAUGGAAAAGUGUGCUAGAUGACUUAAAAUAUUCCCCCAAUGAAAAAAUUCAUAAUGUGCUGAAGAUAAGUUACGAUGGUCUAACUGAAAAAGAAAAAGAUGUCUUUCUUGAUAUUGCAUGCUUUUUCAAAGGAAAUGAUAGAAGUUAUGUAGAAGGAAUAUUAAAAGGUUAUGAUUCCGUUGUUGGCAUGAGAAUAGAUAAUCUGAUUGAUAAGUCUCUCAUAACUAUUGAGAAAGACAGCAAUUUGCUUUCGAUGCAUGAUUUGGUACAAGAAAUGUGUUGGCAAAUUGUUUUCCAUCAAUCCAUUAAAGAGCCUGGAAAGCGUAGUAGAUUGUGGACUCCUCAAGAUGUUUAUCAUGUCUUCAAAAAUAAUAAAGUCUCAGCUAUGGUUGAAGGAAUAUUCUUGGAUGUCUCUAAGAUUAAAAGAUUAAAUUUGAGCCCUGCUGUGUUUUUGGAGGCAAACAAUCUCAGAUUACUCAAAAUUCAUAGUUCUAAUGGAAUCAACAAUAACAAAUUAUGUUUCCCUGAAGGUCUUCAUUCUCUUCCUGAUGCACUAAGGCUUUUGUACUGGGAGGAGUAUCCAUUCAAAACUUUGCCAUUAAGUUUUGAUCCUGAGAAGCUUGUUAAACUUGUUAUGCCAAACAGCCAUGUUGAGCAACUUUGGGAUGGAGUCCAGCCUUUACCGAACUUGAAGGUUAUUGAUCUCAGAUACUCUAAGAGCCUGACCUGUAUUCCAGAUCUGUCUCAAGCUCCUAACCUUGAAAUGAUAUAUCUCGAUUAUUGCAUAAAUUUGCUCCCUGUUACAUCACAAUUUCAAAAUCUUGAAAAGCUCAUUGAGUUGGAUAUGAAUUAUUGUGCAAAGCAAAGAAGUCCUCCCAACUUAAGGUCUGUUGAAACUCUUGAACUUAGGGGAUGGCAGAAUCUUACAAAUAUUCCAGAAUUAAAGGAAAAUAUGGCUCACUUAGACUUAAGUGAGACUGCAAUAGAAGAAUUGCCUUCAUCUAUUAGUUCCUUGGACGAACUCUUUGAAUUAAAACUUGAGAACUGUAAAGGCCUUAGGAGUCUUCCUGCAAGCAUUUGCCAGUCGCAAUACUUGACUGAACUUAAUCUAUCUGGCUGCUCAUCUCUUGAAAAUUUACCAGAUCUUCCAAGGACUCUAUGCUAUUUAGAUGUGAGUGGAACAUCGAUAGACCAACUGCCCACAUCAAUUGAAUCUCUUCCUUAUCUCUUGAACAUUUAUUUAAGGGAUUGCAAAAGGCUUCAAAGUCUGCCAACAUGCAUUUACAAGUUAAAGGAACUUAGAAGGCUUAAUCUAUAUGGUUGCUCGAAAUUUGAUAACUUCCCGGACAUUUUAGUGCCUAUGAAGAAGCUAUAUUACCUUAAUUUAUAUGGAACUGCAAUUAAGGAGCUACCUUCAUCAGUUAAAAAUCUACCAAAUCUUGGGGAGUUAAACUUAGGAAUGUGUGAAAAUCUCCAGUUUCUCCCACAUUGUGUCUGUACUAAAUUCCUGGAUCUUUGUGGUUAUUCACAGCUUAUAAAGUGGCCUAUCCCCACAGAUGGAUUCAGCUCUUUGUCUAGCCUUUCUUUGUACAAUUGCAAAGCAUUAGAAUUUCCAGAUUGGCUCGGCUGCUUAUCCUCCCUGGAAAAUUUAUAUCUGAGUGGGAAAUUUGUUAAUGAGAUACCUGCUAGCAUCAAACAACUUUCUAAGUUGAAGCAUCUAGGCAUAAGCUAUUGGAAGAACCUUAGAUCGUUGCCUGAGCUUCCAUUUUGUCUAAACAUUCUAAAUGCACGAGGUUGCACAUCAUUAGAGACUCUAUCACUUUCGAGGAUCGAACUUACAAAACCUAAUGUCCAACCUCAGCUUGAAAGAGAUCAGCUCCUCUUAUUUUUUAAUUGCCUAAAGUUGGACCAGAACACAUGCAACACCAUUAUAGCUGAUGGGCAGCUUAGAAUAAUUUACAUGGCAAGCCGAAUAUUGUCAACUCAAACCUGUCACUAUGAUCGCUAUGCUUGUAUUUGCUAUCCUGGCAACGAAAUUCCAGAGUGGUUCAACUAUAUUGCAGAUUCUUCAGAGAUUGUCCAACUUCCUUUGAAUUGGCAAAAAUCCAACUUCUUGGGUUUUGCUGUAUGCUUUGUAGCUGAAUUUGACGAGUACAAUCAUUCUCAUGGAGGUUUAAGAAUUCUAUUUGAGUUUCAAGCGAAGACCAAGUCAGGUGAAUGUCACAAAUCCAGAUCUAUUUUGGAGAUAGGUCGUUAUAAUUAUGAGAAGGCGGCAAGUAGAAUAAAAAAUGACAUUGUUAAUUCAGAUCAUGUAUUCAUGUUGUACGAGUACAAAAGCUUUCUUGCUUGUCAAGAAAUAGAAGAAGCUCAUAACAUGAAUGGAGUUUCAUUUUCAAUAUGUCCAAUAGGUGAAGAUGAUGUAACACCUAUUCAUUCGUGUAGAGUGAAAACAUGUGGUAUCCGCUUGCUGUAUGUUGAAGAAGCUCAGGAAUUUGGUCUCCUAACUAAACCUGAUUAUGGCCGGACUUCAAAAGUAGCAGAAGAAGAUGAUGAUAGUUCUACUUCUAUAGACUUGUCUAAAUUAUCUGAUUCCACUGUAGAAGAAGAAGAUGUUGAUGGGUUCUUUGGCGAUUUUAGAUCCAAGGAUUGUGAAAAUAAAAUCAGAGAUUCUCAUGAACCGAGUGAAAUUACAAAAGAUGAUGAAUCAAACAUAAGUGAUUUAGACGACUCUGCUUUGAAAAAGGAAGAUUGUGAUACACCAAGUACAAUUACAGCUGCUAUAGAUUAUGUUGAAGAAGGAGAGGGUUCUCUUAGCUUAAACUGGUUCGAACCAAUAAGUAGAUGCCAUGCAACUCUUAACAGUGCCUCUACUGAUGUAAAAGAGAACGAGCAAGAACCAACUGAAAGUGAAAUAACACCCAACUCUGCUGCAGAAGAACAUGAAGAAGAUGUGAAACCAAGCAAAAGUGGGUCUAUGGACUCUAUUGAAGCUAACAAUGAGGAUCGAAAUUCAUUUUCAAAUGGUUGCUUACUAUUUCUCUCCCAUAUUAAAGGUAUUUGCAAGUGGUUUUUCGGGAAUAAAUCUGGUAAUGAGCUUAAUCAAGAAACAUCAUCUUCAUCUGGAUCAGUACAUGAGCGACUUCAGGCUCUAGAGGUUACAAUACAACAUCUUCAGUCAGAGAACACUAAGUUGCGAGAUCAGAACCAUCAGCUUUCACAGCAGUAUUUGCAGAUGCCAGCAGCUAUACCUAAAUCACCACUACUUGAAUCAUCAUCUCCAUUUUCAAUGCAGUUACCUGACCAGAACAUACAAAUCUUGCAGUAUUACCCGCAAAUGGCACCAGCAGAUCAGAAUAUAUUGUACUAUCCACAAACUGUGAUGACGAUUCUGCCUCCUAGAUUUCCUGCACAUCCAUUUGUUCAGAACCAGCAUAUGUCUCAGCAUCCGCAAAUGAUGAUGUCAAGGCCACUUCUUGGAUUUUCUUCUGGAAUUCCCACGAACCAGGCUAAUCAUCAACGCCCUUCAUCAUCAUCUCAACAAUAGUGGAAGGUAAAAUCCUUUGUUUGGAAAAUUUGUAAGUUCUGACUGCCCUGCUACCUGCUGCUGUUUGUUUCAAUAGAGAGAGGUGGAGAGGUGAGUCGUUUGUGACUUGUUUAGUAGAUGUUUAAAUCAAUUUUCAUGUUCUGUUUGCUUAGUAAAGAGGUCUGGAGGUGUUACGAGGGAUGUCCAAUGUUUUUAUGAGUGUGGAUUAGCAAUUGUUGUUCCAUAGAUUUCAAAUUGUAUGAAACUUGGGCUUUAAAAGUGUACUUUUGAGCUUGACUUUAUCUGCUUUGUAAUGCCUGUUAAAAGUGUUUGGGUGAACCAGUUAAAUUUGGCUCAUAUAAAGAACUUUUACUUGUACUAUUCAGAUGCAAAAGUUAAAGCUUUGUGAAGCAGAUUGACAGAUUC